CAUGUAAACAAGGAAAUGGUUAUCAGCAGUCCUCUCCUCGUGCUGACAGCUGGCACUGAUGAUCAAUGCCCUGAUGAUCAGUGUAGCCCCAUCAGUGCCACCUGUCAGUGCCCAUCAAUGCCACAUACCAGUGCCUAUCAGUGCACAUCAAUGCCACAUAUCAGUGCCCAUCAGAGCUUUCUUUCAGUGCCAACUAUCAGUGCCAGUCAGUGUCACCUAUCUGUGCCAGUCAGUGCCACCUAUCAGUGCCACCUAUCAGUGCCAGUCAGUGCCGCCUAUCAGUGCCCAUCAGUGCUGCCUAUCAAUGCCAUAUAU